AUGGUAAAGGACACCGAGUACUACGAUAUACUAGAAAUCAAACCGGAUGCAACACCUACCGAGAUCAAAAAGGCUUACCGGAAGAAAGCUAUGCAAACACAUCCCGAUAAACACCCCAAUGAUCCGGAUGCUCAAAAAAAAUUUCAAGCGGUAGGUGAAGCCUACCAAGUGCUGAGCGACCCUGAUCUUCGUUCACGCUACGACGAGUUUGGUAAGGAGGAUGCUGUUCCACAGCAAGGCUUUGAGGAUGCAGCCGAGUUUUUCACAACGAUCUUUGGAGGAGAUGGCUUCCAGGACUGGAUUGGUGAGUUUGAACUGCUCAAAAACUUGUCAAAAGGGGCCGAAAUCAUCGGCGAUGAGGAAGAAUCGACACAAGAGCAGAGCGAUGCUACAGACGUAAUUCAACAUGAUGGCAAGAGUGCAAAGAGCAAAAACUCAGAUAAAUUGACGAAAGAGCAGCGCGACAAGCUUGUGGAAAUGGAAAAUGAGAGGCGCGCCCAGAAGAAGAAGCAAGUUGAAGAAUUAAGCAUUAAGUUGGACGAUAAAAUUUCACAGUAUUUGACCGCCAAAAAGAAUGAACAUUUGGAUGAGUUCAAUGCGAAACUUAAUCAAGAAAUAGAGGACUUAAAACUUGAAAGCUUUGGUCUCGAAUUACUCCACCUAAUCGCCAAAAUCUAUAAAACGAAGGCAAACAACUUUAUUAUGUCUCAAAAAACUCACGGUUUUAGCAAACUGUUCACAGGGGUGCGCGAUAAGACAAAAACGGCGAAGUCUGCAUGGGGCAUUCUCUCGUCUGCGAUGGAUGCGCAGUCGGCUAUGAAAGAGCUUGAAAAGCUCGACAUGGAUACAAUGGAUGACUAUGAACGUGCAGAGGUCGAGAAGUUCAUCACCGGUAAGGUGUUGGGCACAGCAUGGGUCAUGUCGAAGUUCGAAGCUCAAGGAAAGUUAAGAGACGUGUGCGAUAAAAUACUGACCGAUAAGAAUGUUCCAACAAAACAACGUUUGGAAAAAGCAAAAGCCCUAUUAUAUUUUGCAGAAAAAUUUGGCUCUGCUGUAAGAUCCCCUGACGAAGCCGAAGAUGCAAGAGUAUUCGAAGAGCUAAUCUUCGACGCCCAAGGCAAGAAAAAGAGGCCAGACUCUAAAAAUAAAGUGAAAGCAUAA